AUGCCGGGGACCCGUGGGCCAGGGCCCUCGCUCGGCCUCCUCCUCCUCCUCCUCCUGGGCCCUGCGGGGGGCCGUGCUCCACGUCGCAGGUUUGAGUACAAGCUCAGCUUCAGAGGACCGGGACUGGCACCGCCUGGGGCUGGGAUGUCUUUCUGGAGCCACCACGGAGACGCCAUCCUGGGCCUGGACGAAGUACGCCUGGCGCCGUCCCUGAGGGACCGGGGUGGUGCCGUGUGGAGCAGGGCCCCUGUCCUGCUGUCUGCCUGGGAGGUGGAGGUGCAGCUGAGGGUGACGGGACCGGGGCGCCGGGGGGCCCAGGGUAUGGCCGUGUGGUACACGCGGGAAAGGGGCCGAGUGGGCUCUGUCCUGGGGGGGCCAGCCUCGUGGGACGGCGUCGGGAUCCUCUUGGACUCCUCGGCCGGGGACGCCCAGGACAGCCCUGCCAUCCGCGUGCUGGCUGGUGAGGGGCACAGCCCCAGCACAGAGCUCGGGUAAGGGGCCAGCCGGGUGCUGGGCCUCUGUCGUCGGGACUUCCGGAACCGGCCAUACCCCUUCAGAGCACGGAUCACCUACUGGGGACAGAGACUGCGUGUAUCCUCCAACAGCGGCCUCACUCCCCAUGACCCCGAUGAGGUCUGUGUCGAGGUGGGGCCCCUGCUAUUGGCCCCUGGAGGUUUCUUUGGGGUCUCGGCAGCCACUAGCACCCUGGCAGAUGACCAUGACGUCCUGGCCUUCCUGACCUACAGUCUGCACCAGCCGGGCCCGGAGGCUCCCCCAAAGCCGCUCCCAGAGUUGGAGCAGCUCCGCCUGGCCAGGCAGCUGGAGGCGCUGCAGGCAACCUUGGCCCUGGGCGCUCGGGAGGAUGUCAUUCCGAAGUCGGACGCCGGUGCCCAGGGCGGGGAAAGGUUCCUUGACCUGGAGGAGAGCCUCAGCCGGCACAGCCGGGUCCUACAGGCCCUCGGGGGUCUCUCUGAGCAGCUGGCCCAGGCACGGAGGCAGUGGAAGCAGCAGCUGGGGUCCCCAGGCCAGGUCCGGCCAGAGGGAGGCUGGGCCCUGGACCCCUCCUGCCAGAUUCCAUCAUCCAUCCCCAAGAGGGGCGGCCACCUGGACCCUGGACAACGGGCUGGCCUCCUGCAGGACUCUGCCCAGCUCAGCACCCUGCUCUGUGGACAGCGGACUCUGCUCCAGGCCCUGCGAGAGAUGCGGGACGCUGCGGCUCUGAUGGCCUCGGGAGCGCGGGUCUCCUUCCUGCCCGUGGGCACCAAGCACCACUUGUCAGAGCUGGAGCAGACCCUCGGGCUCCUGCAGACGGACCUGCGGAGUGUGGUGAAGACAGCGGUCCAGGCCCCCUGCCCGCCCAGUGCGUGCCCAGGGGUCUCCUCCUGCCUGCGGCCCAGCGUCCUCCUGCUCUUCCUCCUCGCCCAGACUGUGGCCUUCUUCUGCUACGUCCACUUCAGACAGGAGCUGGACAAGCGCUUCCGGGAGUGUCUGUCCAGAGGCGGCCUUCCUCAGGGCCCUGCCCCACGCAUCGGGAGCGCCCUGGGGGCUCUCAGGAGGCAGCCCGUCUCCCCCAGCACGCAAGCCUGA